GGUUCAGGGCACCCACUUUAAAUUGCAGCUGUGUUGACCCUUAUCGUGGACUUGUUGGGGAACCUUAAUUCCUUCCAAUAUAACUUGCGCCCAAACCCUCUGUCUACCACCCGUAACGCGCUCCUAAUCUCACCCACUUCAUCUAUACCGCCCACCAUGUCUGUCACCACCAUCGAGACCCAGACGCGCAGCGUCCCCAUCACAGCCGAGACCAUCCUUAGCCUCUUCCCCGAUAUCGACACCAGCGGCGAGGCGCUCGAGGGCCACGAUGAGGAGCAGAUCCGCUUGAUGGACGAGGUCUGCAUCGUGACAGAUGAGAAUGAUAUGCCGAUCGGAACUGCCAGCAAGAAGCUUUGCCACCUCAUGACGAACAUCGACAAGGGACUCUUGCACCGCGCCUUCUCCGUCUUCCUCUUCAACGACAAGAACGAGCUGCUUCUUCAGCAGCGUGCCUCCGAGAAGAUUACCUUCCCGGACAUGUGGACCAACACCUGCUGCUCGCACCCGCUGCACAUGGCGAGCGAGACCGGGUCCAACCUGGAGGACUCUGUUUUGGGCGUCAAGAAUGCUGCGCGACGGAAGUUGGACCACGAAUUGGGCAUCAAGAAGGAGCAGGUCCCCCUGGAGGACUUUCACUUCCUGACACGCAUUCACUACAAGGCGCCAAGCGACGGGAAAUGGGGCGAGCACGAGAUCGACUACAUUCUCUUCAUCAAGGCGAAUGUCGAUCUUAACCCCAGCCCGAACGAGGUCAAGGACGUACAGUAUGUCUCUGCCGAGAAGCUGAAGCAGCUCUUUGAGGAUCCUUCCCUUAAGUUCACGCCUUGGUUCAAGCUGAUCUGCAACUCGAUGCUGUUUGAGUGGUGGGCGAACUUGGACACCGGGCUCGACAAGUACAAGAACGAGCAGGAGAUCCGCCGCAUGUAG